CUCCACUGAGAUAUUCAUCUGUGCUGCUGCCAUCAAACACUACAAAUUCCCCUUAUAUGAACCCGCAUUCGACCAGUACUGGUCGUGAUGUAACUGAGUCAGAAAGGGAUGAUCAUCUGGUCAGAUCCAGACUGCCUGAGACACGAGUCUCCAGUAACUAUCAUCAAGUUGACGAUAUUAUCCAGGCCAACCAAGCAUCCAGGAUGCUACUUGUGUGGAGUAUCAUGGAUACAUCUACCAAUAAAAAUUUAAAUCGCAGGCGUGGACGCCAUCUCUCUCUAAAGGAGAUUCCUGUCUGUGCAAUACCUUGGCAUGUUGACGACCCACGAAAGGCUUCGAAGCAGAAAGUGGUUCGGGACACCUCCGGUACCAUACCCCACGACGUUUAUGACUCAUUCUACGAGGUCGUUUCUAAUAAAAAACGUUCCGCCAUGCGCGGUGACGCAGCGGCCGUGGUGGUGCUUUUUCGGGCCUCGGUCCUGCCGUCGACCGGUACGCCCGAGGCCCGAAAAAGCGCUACUAGUCUGGGUAAUACAAUUUCUCAACCUCCAUAG